AUGGGCUGUCAGACAUGGAGCCGUCCCCCACCCCCACCCCGCCGCGCCUCUGCCCCCGCCCCCGCUGCCGCCGUUACCGCCUCGGGCUCCGCCACCAAGAAGAAGCGGAACAGGCAAAGGGUCCAGAAGUUGUCGCCUCCGGAGAAGAAUGAAGAGUUCGCCCCAGGGAGGACGAACUACAACCCGGAUGAAACCAUCAUCUUGGCGAGAUGUUGGAUUGAUAUUUCAAAGGACCCGGUGUUUGCCAUCAACCAAAAGCAAAUAGCGUACUGGGAGCGCAUCGCUGAGCGCUACAACGAGGCCAAGCCACCGGCCGCAUACAAGCGCCAUAGGGAGCAGCUCUGCAAGCAUUGGGAUCAGGUGAAGAGGGAUGUCAAUUUGUUCUCGGCGGAGUACGAGAAGUGCUUGAGGGAGCAGGGCAGCGGCAAGAGUUUGACUAAUGUGCGCGAUAGAGCGCUUGCAUCGUACAUUUCAUUGUACGGCGAUUUCAAGAAUUACAACUCAUGGCUCCUCUUGAAGGACAAGCAGAAGUUCCAAGGAGGGAUUCUGCCCCUAUCGGCUGCGUGGAAGAGGACGAAGAACACCACCACCGGUGAUUAUACGAGCAGCGAAAGCGGCGCACAUCCAAUGGACCUCAACCAGCCGAUGUUCAACUUCUAA